GGGGCUUUCAUCUCCAACGAAUUGACAGAUAUUGUUAAAAUAAACCGCACAGAAACAAAGGCCCAUAUAGAAUUUAAGCCAACGGUGAGCCAGCAGAGAACUUGUCCAAACUGCAUCGAAACUCUUCUGGACGGAGAUCUGAUGAUCAAAUACGAUGUGAAGAGGGAAAGUUCUGCAGGGAAGUUGCAGGUCAUCAAUGGGUAUUUUGUACAUUAUUUUGCUCCUCCCAGCCUCCAGCGGAUCCCCAAGAACGUGGUGUUUGUAAUUGACCGCAGUGGAUCCAUGGCCGGUAAUAAGAUUAAACAGACAUACGAAGCCUUCCUUAAGAUUCUCGAGGAUGUGCCCAAAGAAGAUUACUUUGCUAUUUUAAAAUUUGACGAUAAGGUUGAGAAGUGGAAGAAGCAGCUG